AUGGCACUCAAUACAUACGUGAAUGGAGAUGCACUUCAAAAUUCAAUAAUAUCAGAAAUUUUCACCACCAAUUUUCAUGAACUAACUGCACCAAAAGAACUUACACCUGACCAUUAUUACCACCAACACAACCAAGAAUGCUUGUUUCCUAAUAACUUUUUCUUUGACCCUUAUUUUGACCUUAACAAUGGAUUUUUCCAUCCUGAAAUUUUGUCUUCUCAUCAACUUGGUCUUAGUUGCACUUCUUCUCAUGACCCAUUUAUCUCACCCAAUAAGACUGAAUACUCUAAUGUCAACACUAUUUUUUCAUCUCCCAAACGCCAAAAGUACUUUCACAAGGAUGAAGAACGCCAACUGCCUCCUCCAUUCAAGGAGUAUUCAUCGCCCAACCUAUUUGAUGGGUUUACAAUGAAUUCAUCUUCUCUAUUACCAUCAGAAGGAGCUGCACUACCAGAAGAACUACUAUUACCCGCAGCAGUAGCAACACCGUCAUCAGACUUCAUGGUUCCUAAUGUUAUACUCAAUAGUUUUUGUGUGGGAAUUAAUAAUGACAGUGAGAAGAAGAAGAACAGUGAGAGAACUAUCUCUGCACAAAGCAUAGCGGCAAGGGAGAGGAGAAGGAAGAUCACAGAUAAGACACAAGAGCUUGGAAAGUUGGUUCCUGGUGGACCAAAGAUGAACACAGCUGAGAUGCUCCAUGCAACUUCUAAAUAUGUGAAGUACCUUCAAACUCAAAUUGGUAUGCUUCAACUUAUGAACACACUCCAGAAAGAAGAUGAGGUUGCUCCUCCAAGUGAAGAUCUACGUGCUCUUAUUACUUCUCCCUGUGUUCAAGAGAAUCUUUAUUCUGAGGAACUAUGCUUUGUCCCUAAAGACUUUGUUACAGCUUUGACAAAUCAGCGUGAUAUUCGAUCAAAGCCUACCAUCUUUAAGGAUCUUAAAGAGUUGAUUGAAACAAACAAUGUGCAGAAGAAAGCAUAG